AUGCUAAAUCGAGUAGCGUCAGCACGGGGAAUUCCCUUGCUCUGGCUGACAGUUGGGCUGACAGUAUUACGUCAGGUGAACAGCGGGGUAUUAAACACUACGCACAGAGACGACAGGUUUAUCUUCACCGUAAUACAGUUCGCCAACACCCUGUGCGGGACGGGACUCAACUCGGGCACUUGUUACACGUCGACGCAGUGUGACAAAUACGGUGGCACUGAGAUUGGCACUUGCGCCAGGGGAUAUGGCACUUGCUGCGGAGUCUCCCUCACCGGGUGUGGGGGCGACAUCCGCAUUAACAACACGUGGGUCUACUCGCUCGACUACCCGAACACAUACAACGACGACCUGGUCUGUUCGUACAGGGUCUACUUCGACGACACGCCCGGCAAGAUAUGUCAGAUCCGGUACGACUUCGCGGCGCACGACCUGGUGGCGCCUAAUAUUGAUGGUGUUUGCGCAAACGACAGACUCGUCUUUCGCGAAGACACAAAAUCCACCUAUUUUUGCGGAAAAGCGCCCGAGAAUUAUCACUGGUACGUGGACACCGCCGGCACCGUCAGCCCCCACACCUUCACCAUCAUCACGGACACCUCCAAUUACUUCCGGCGCUACGCGAUGAAAGUCUCGUUCAUCCGCUGCAAGGAGAGAGUGCCGUCGAGAUGCGGUCAAUAUUACACCGGCCUCAGUGGCACUAUAAACUCCUACAACUACAACAAUGGAUAUUAUCUCGCCGGUCUAGAUUACGGGAUUUGUUUCCGGAAAGAAUCUGGAUACUGCACGUAUACGCUUAGAAAAACGUCCAACAACCAAUACAUCGACGACAGCGACAUGCUGCGGCUCCCCGUGGGCGGCGGAAUCGAACUGGUCCCGAACCCGAGUCUGGCCGGAUCCUCCUUCUUCUGCGGCGUCACCGUGGUCAAGAUGGCCGCCAUGUACUACACGCCGCCGCUCUGCUACUAUCCCGAGGCCAUCACGUCAGCGCAGACGCAGGGCCCCUUCUUCGUGAACGUCUAUACCGCCAUCGACACAGUGGAUAACGUGAACCCUCUGGUGAGAACGCCUCCUCAGGCUGGGUUUGAAUUCGACUGGGAAACAAAUCAGUGUACGUAGUAAAAUAAUACUAUGAUAAAUAAUUGACAAUAAACACUACAUGGGAACAUUAAACUCUAUCACGAAGACUAUAGAAACACUAUAUACUGUCUUAACGAAGGCUGAAAACUCUUAUAAUAAAGAAACAAAUAUUUACUACCGGACACUAUAGCAAACAUUAUCUAAAACUCUAGCAAGUCUAAAUAUUGUUAAAUUUCUGAAAUGAAAACGGAAAAGUGUAUAUGAAGGUAAUUUUCCGAAAUGAUGGUGUUUUUUCUCUGUAUAUAGAUAAAUUAUAUUAUUUGAGAAUAGAGUAUUUAUAUCUAUAAAUGGAGUUUUAUUCUACCUUUUCUGUGAAGAGUUAUUCUCGACAGGGCGAGAUAAUUUGUUAUUGAAAGACUAAAAAUAAUA